UUUCAAUGAAAACAUUGCAGAUGUUAAUGGAAUAGCAUAGAAAUCAGUUUUAUAGAAGUCCCCCGACAAGCAUCAAGAUUUUUACAUUUAAUUGUUAAUUGUUUGUUUGUUUUCUAUGUUUGUUGAACAUUUUUUGAGCUUGAUGAGAGUUUUAGUCUAUGCAUAGAUUACGGAAAACAGUGAAUUUGAAGUGAUGAAGAGUAAUGUGGCCACACGAAGAUCGCACACAAUCAAUUUGCUGACCAAUUUGGAUAUCAUUUCGAAUGUGUCGAAUGAUUUAAUGCUAGAGUGUAAACUAUGCAGUCGUGCCACGCGACUCACAAAAACCCUUCGUGAUAAAAUAACCAAUUUGCCAAAGGAUGCACGCAAAGAGAUUGUGUCUAGGACACGCGAUAGUUGUGCUCCGUUAUUUGUCGUUUGCAAACGUGGUAAUUUGGGAAUCGCUGAAUUUUUAAUUACAAUUUGCGGUGCAGACAUCGAACAACGUGGACUAUUUGAAAAUCCCGAAGAUUCAACUUGCCAUUUUGUAACGCCAUUAUGGUGUGCAUCGGUAUCAGGCGAAUUGCCAGUGGUGAAAUUUUUGGUACGCGUCGGAGCAAACAUAAAUGCAGUGUCUGACUCAGGCUCUUCAUCUAUCCGUAGCGCCUGUUUUAUGACAAAUAUGGAAAUCGUGGAAUACCUUGUUGAAAUAGGAAGAGCUGACAUAAAGAAACCAAAUUUCAAUGGCGGCACCUGCUUAAUCAACAGUGUUCAAUCCGUUCAAUUGUGUUCGUAUUUGAUCAGCAAAGGAGCUGAUGUUAAUGCCAAAGACAUUCAAAAUAAAACUGCACUUCAUUAUGCAAUUCAAGAACAUAGACUAGAAACAACAAAGCUACUGCUGGACUCAGGAGCUGAUCCAUUUGCAAAAAGUAAAAAUGGCGAUGAUGCCCUACAAAUUGCCUGCCUAAAGGGAGCUCAUGAUAUAUUUCGUCAUUUAAUCGAACGGAUUCCAUACACAAAAGAGCGUUUAGCAAGUGCAAAUGAACUGAUUGGUUCGACAUAUCUAGAUGAGCAUAAUGAGACCACUUUGGCCGUUUUACAUUGGAAAGAGGCACAUGAGAUUCGCUCAAAAGAAUCUGUUUACCUAGCCAAACAACCUUCGGUGCCGUUUCGAUUAGCAUAUUGCAAUGUCACUGAAUUUGCCACGCUCAGCGAGCUAGAGAAUAUUUCGACUGAUGUUGAUGCGAUGAGAAUACAAAGUUUGUUGAUUUGUGAACGUGUACUUGGCAUUAAUCAUACGGACACAUUGUUUCGUUUAAUGUUUCGUGGGGCUUCCUAUGCGGAUUCAUUGAGAUUUCAACGUUGCAUCGAUUUGUGGCGAUUAGCCCUUGAAAUACGCAUAAAUACACAUUCAAUAUUGCAUUCGGAUACAUGUUUUACAACACAAGCGCUGGUUCGCCUAAUGCUCGAUUUGGAAUAUAAAUCGGACGAUAGUGAAUCAAUCAUUGGUUCGGAUGUACCGAAAUUUGAUGAUGUUUUUGGUGUAUUUACAUUGUUACACAAAAAUUUAAUCGAUGCCAGAAAACUAUUGCAAAUUCGUCCGGUCUAUCGAAAGCAGCAAGAAAACUUUGAUCGAGUUUUAAAAUGUGUGACCCAUUUGAUCUAUUUGCUGGAAGUAACGUCAAAAACGGCUGAGGAAAAGCAAAUUGUAUGUGAAACCGUUCGAUCUCUGGUAAGGAAUAACAUACGAAGCGCUUGUACGAAUGAUACACUACUGCAUUUGUGCGUUUCACGUCUGAACAUUAUCAAGAGUGGUUAUUUCAAUGAUGGAACUGGAAUGCGGGGCAUUUUUCCAAAUUUAAAAGUUGUUAAACUUUUGCUGGACUGUGAUGCUGAUGUAAAUGCCAAAAAUGAAUCGAGAUCAACAGCUUUGCACGUUGCAUCAAAUCCAUAUAAUUAUGUUGGAGAGGUCGUUCGAGUGCUAUUGGAUUAUGGUGCACAUUUGGAUCAACCAAAUCGGGCUGGUGAACAACCACACUAUCUCAUCGCAUUCAAUUCAUCAAAUACAAUACCAAUCAUAAAUUACACAUCACUUAAAUGUAUAGCGGCAUCAACAAUCAUCAAACAUGGCAUUCAUUACAAAGAUGAAAUACCAAGAACAUUAGAAGAAUUUGUUCAAUUGCACCAACCAUAAACGGGGCCGCGGCAGUGACAUCAACAACAAGUAUGAUCUUAUUCAUCAACAAAAAUAACAAUAUAACCUAAAUUAAGUUUUACUGUUGAAAUUUCGAAGACUGUACACAUACAUUACAUAGUAAUGUCACAAGCGAUUUGUCUGCAUUCACCUGUGCAUGUCAAUGGUAUGGAAAAUGCCACGCAAACAUACAAUGGGACAUGAAGUACGAUCGCUCAAUCAAGAUCUUGACAUAAAAAAAUAUUUCAUUGGUUCUAAUUUGCAGAUGAUAGGCAUUGAAUUAACCAAGUGGUCAAAUAUACUUUAAAAGUAAUGCUCUAAGAAAUAAUAAUAAUAAUAAUAAUCUAAACAAGAAGCCUAAUAACCUCACCAAUUUGUGUGAAAUUUAGUUUUUUUGGUGCCAUUAAUCGCUUAUAAACACAUUAUCUAUAUAUAAUAUAUCUAAUUAUUUGAGCUGAGAUAAUGGAAUUUAUAGAAAUGUUAAGAUAUAUCCCAACAUAUUCGCAUUUCAAUCACAUCAUCGUCGCUCGACAAUCGAUGAUUGAAAUGUUUAUUCAAAUAAAUCAUAAUAAAUCAAGGAAUCGUUCAGAACUACUACCGCAGAACAUGAAUGAGCACUGGGAGAACAUUUUUUUUAUUUGGCGGUUUUUUAUAUUUUUCAAUUUACCUCAACGAUUUAUUAUUAUAAAGAAAUAUAGAUUUUUCUUCACACGGUUUGUGUUUUUUUAGUUGUGAUUCGUCAAUAUUUAAAAAAUAUAUAUAUUUUAAAAGUUAUAAUUAUAAUUUUCCUCGUGAUUUCGGUGGAAAUAAAAUUGGGACUACAGAUGCGCACUGAAGUGAAAAUCAAAAAAGUGAGUUCGAAGUAUGUUUCUGUUCUUCGAGUUUUAUUCUUGCCAAAAUCAUAUAUCGAUUGAUAUUGGUUGGUAUAAAUUCAUUUAAUUUUGAGUUGGCGCAAAGUCAUAAUGACUAUAAAUAAAUUAUCAACGUAGAAAUUUGCGUAUAUACACUAAUAAAAAUGUUAGAACAUUGAUAAUGUUGACAAAACUAUGUAUCUAUUGAUGAAAAAAAUUAUGUAAAUACUUUGGAAAUAAAUUGUUAUUUUUGAGCUGGAC